CUUCUGAAUCGGUAAGUGCUGAACCAGUAAGAGGUCUGAACCAUUAAGUGCUGAACCAGUAAGAGGUCUGAACCAUUAAGAGCUAGUAUAUUGCUUAACUAUUCAGAGGCAAAUGUCUGAUCAAUUCAGAUAAGAGGUCUUAACCAUUCAGACUCUGUAUAAUACUUAAUCAUUCAGAGGCAAAUCUCUUAACCAUUCAGACAUCUGAACCAUUAAGAGGCUGAAACAAACACCCAAUUAUAUUCCCAUUUGCCACAGUGUUCUUCACCCGUUCAUCUUCAUUUUCUCCUCUCGUCUUCGAUCGAAAGCUCCCCUUUCCAUGGCUACCAUCAAGUCCGUCAAGGCCCGUCAGAUCUUUGACAGCCGUGGCAAUCCCACGGUUGAGGCCGAUGUGUGUUUGUCCAAUGAUCUCUGGGUCAGGGCUGCUGUUCCUAGCGGGGCCUCAACUGGAAUCUAUGAAGCCCUUGAACUGAGGGAUGGAGGAUCGGAAUAUCUUGGGAAAGGUGUUUCAAAGGCCGUUAAUAAUGUCAACUCUAUUAUUGCCCCUGCUCUUAUCGGCAAGGACCCAACUGAUCAGACUGGUAUUGAUAAUUUCAUGGUUCAGCAACUUGAUGGCACUCAGAAUGAGUGGGGUUGGUGCAAGCAAAAGCUUGGUGCAAAUGCCAUUCUAGCAGUGUCUCUUGCCGUGUGCAAAGCAGGUGCUGCUGUCAAGAAUAUCCCUCUCUACCAGCACAUUGCAAACCUUGCGGGUAACAAGAAGUUGGUCUUGCCAGUCCCAGCUUUCAAUGUCAUCAAUGGUGGAUCCCAUGCCGGAAACAAGCUUGCCAUGCAGGAGUUUAUGAUUCUCCCUGUUGGAGCUUCUAGUUUCAAGGAGGCCAUGAAGAUGGGUUGUGAAGUUUACCACCACUUGAAGGCCGUUAUCAAGAAGAAAUAUGGACAGGAUGCCACCAAUGUUGGGGAUGAGGGAGGCUUUGCUCCUAACAUCCAGGAGAACAAGGAAGGUCUUGAAUUGCUAAAGACUGCUAUUGAGAAGGCAGGAUAUACUGGGAAAGUUGUAAUUGGAAUGGAUGUUGCUGCCUCAGAGUUCUACGGGAAGGACAAAUCAUAUGAUUUGAACUUCAAAGAGGAGAGCAAUGAUGGCUCACAUAAGAUUUCCGGGGACCAGCUCAAGGAUCUUUACAAGUCAUUUGUCUCUGAGUACCCUAUUGUUUCAAUUGAAGAUCCGUUUGACCAAGAUGACUGGGAACACUAUGCUAAGCUCACUGCUGAGAUUGGAGAGAAAGUGCAAAUUGUUGGAGAUGAUCUCCUGGUCACCAACCCUAAGAGGGUUGCCAAGGCAAUUGAUGGUAAAUCAUGCAAUGCUCUUCUUCUCAAGGUUAACCAAAUUGGAUCUGUGACCGAGAGUAUCGAAGCUGUAAGGAUGUCUAAGCGAGCUGGUUGGGGUGUGAUGACAAGCCACCGCAGUGGAGAGACUGAGGAUUCCUUUAUUGCCGAUCUUGCUGUGGGUUUGGCAACGGGUCAAAUUAAGACUGGAGCUCCCUGCCGAUCAGAGCGUCUGGCCAAGUAUAACCAGCUCCUGAGAAUUGAGGAGGAACUUGGUUCAGCAGCUAUUUAUGCUGGAGCCAGCUUCCGGGCGCCUGUUGAGCCCUACUGAAUUCGUGAUGAAGCGUUUGAUCGAUGAGCAGUAAUCGGCUGGAGAUGUAAUGUGACUUUGCUCUUAGUUAAGAAUUAUAAAAGAAUAAAAAAUAGUACUUUGGUACUUGAGAAUUGCAGUUUUGUUACGAGGCUCGAAGCGUUGGCUUGCAACGGCUCUCUCUUUGUUUGUAUUUCUUGUAUGCUCCCAGCAGUCUGUUGUUUUUGUUUUGAAUUCCAAACCCGGUUCUAUUACAUUUUCAUUGUUUGAAUUUUGACAUUGGCAUUUUAAAAUAGCCUCUAUGGGGUGGGUAUGAUCCGU